AACGGCCCCGCCCGCCGGGCUCUCUUCUCUGCCCGCGCCUCCCACGCUCCGCCGGCGGGGCCGGAAUCUCUGAGUCACGCUCUUCGCGAUUGGGCAGCUGUUCCCCGAUGACCAAUGGGAGGCGGCGGCUUUGCGGCGAGGCAGCGCCCGCCUACGGCGCCAUCUUGCCGGUGGCGGGGGUAGCGGAGCUCGGUGCCGUCGCGGCCCCGCCAUGCCGCACUACCAGGCCUGGGAGGAGUUCACGCGAGCUGCCGAGAAGCUCUACCUCGCCGACCCCAUGAAGGUGCGGGUUGUUCUCAAGUAUCGACAUUGUGAUGGGAACCUCUGUAUCAAAGUAACGGACGAUGUAGCUUGUUUGCUAUAUAGAACAGACCAGGCGCAAGACGUAAAGAAGAUCGAGAAAUUCCAGAGUCAGCUAAUGCGACUCAUGGUGGCUAAGGAAUCCCGCAGUGCUGCCAUGGAAACAGACUGAAUUGCUGAAAAUAAAAUGAGUGCUCUGGUCAUAUUUCACUGGAAGAAAAUAUCUCUUGGAUGUGAUGAAUACUGGGACAGGAGAAGCUUUUAUGUACCGAAGAUGACUGAUGACAAGUCUGAAGCAUUUUGCCCCCCGCCCCAGACUCCACUUCGGAAAACUAGCAAAAUUAAUGCUUUCAGUUGAAAGCUUAUAUUUAUUUUUGGGAAUCAAACAAGAAACUAUUCUUAGACAUUAGGUAUGCUAAGAAGACAAGUAAAUAUUUUAAAUCUGCAGUACUUUAGUUGAAUUAGAUAGGCCACAAGCAUAUUUCUGGAAAGUUGUUAUAAAAUUUCAUAUAGAUUUCAUUGUGUUCCUACCUUAUGCUGGUGUAUUCUCACAGUCAGAAGGUUUAUUGACCUAGUACUGUAGCAUGAUGACUGGAUCUGAUAUCUAAAUAUUUACAUAAAUGAUAUAUAUCAGUGGGGUUUAGAAGAAUGGAUGUUUUCUGAACUGAAAUGUUAAAAAAUGCCAAUUUGUACUAGCACUGUCACUAGCAAGAUUUUAGCUUUUAGGAUUGAUCUUGAUCAUCAGCUGUCCAACAUUAUCUGUGCUGCAGUUUGUAGACUGUUAUAUUGGCUGAAUAGUUAAACAUCUGUAUUUUAAAACUGAAAGUAAAACUGUGCUUGAAUAUUGAUAGAGGUCAGUAAGAAACUGGGAGUUUCUUUUCUACUUAUGCAAAUAAUGAUAUUAAAAAAUGUAUGGGGCUUUUUUCCACUACUUGAACUAUUUUAUACUAGCAGGGGGACCUUUUUCCAUCCUUGCUUUAGGCAGAGUUUAAGUCUAUCAGCAAGACAAAUUCUAGAAGCUGUUGCCUAUUAAUAGAGAAAUGCAACCAAACACUAUCCAGAUUCUUUAUUUUAGCAGCUUGCUAACUGUGCAUUUUUAAAUGUUACAUGUGGCAGAUGGAUGCCAGCCAACUGAAUAAAUGGAUGAAAACCAGCUUAAUAAAUACUUAAAUACCACUGUCAAAAACAGACCAGUGCUCCUGUGGCUUAGACUUGUUUCUCAUUGUUACCUCUGGUAGAGUGAUGGAAGCCUUAAUUAUCUUUUGCAAAGGCUUUUUGUUGGAAAGCCCGGUAGCUGAAAUUGAUACUUGCUUUGACUAGAUCUUGCAUAGUUAAAACCAGAUGGAUUUUUUAAAAUGUAAUUAUGCUAUUGGUAUAACUAGGACUAAUGUUUUGUGUUAGGCCCCAAGAGUAUAGCAGAGCCAUACAAAGACUUGUCUGUAGUGGCAUUUAUAUAUAACAAAACAAUCUACUUAAAUAGCUACCUGCUGUCACUUGCAUAAAAAUAAUUGAGUUGCUCGGAAGCAGUGGAGUUCCAGCAUUUGCCAGGAGCUCAAAAAAAAAACCAACCAACCAAACCCAGGUUUUAAUAUUACAUUAGAGUACUCUUUCAGCUCAACAUAUAAUGUUCCUUAUUGUUGGAAAAUACUGCAGUGCUAAAUUCCAAGUGGCUGCUCAAAUUCUAGUUUACAGGAGUGACUGCUACAUAUGUAACAUUUUUCUUCUUGGAUUGGCUUUUGAAAUACAAAUAAAUCCAGAAAGAAGGCUAAACUUUGUUCACAGUUAAACUUCAAUAAGACACUGUAAUGCUGAAAAUGUUCCUCGAUGCUCCAAAUUAUUUUCUUAAUAAUUGCAAUAUAACAUAUUGGGUAUUGAAAGAUAUUUUUUUUUCGUCUGAAGCAGUGUUGUGCAGUAUGAAUGGUUGCUACACAGAAGUCAUACAAGUGAAGAUUGAAGCUGUUAAAUUGGCAGGUGAAAAGGCUACAGCUAUUUUAGUGUCAUUUUUGGACAUCUCAUAAAUUGGCAAGACAUGUAGAUGUCUUCUGUGAGCUGAGGUACAGAAAGGCUUGAGUGGUAUUUGCUUGAGCAUGGACACAAUAAUAGGAGAGAGAGAGGAGACUGUAGACAGACUUGAUGUACCAAAUGGCUUGAGGAGGUUUUAGAGGGGUGCAAUUACAAUACUGUAUAUUAGAGUAGUGGUUGUCAAGAAAAAGAGGCAGAUUUCUAGUUUUCUAAAUUCAAAAAUAAUUUCUGUAAAACUAUAAAUAGUAAUGUUACUUUCGUAAAGAGUAUGUAUUGUUAAGCUUUUCUCCAUAUACUCACAGAAAAACUAGGGGGUUCUGUGCAGUCAUAAUACACAAAAACAGUGAUAAAGUACUGCUUAAAAAAAGUAAACCUUUUGGAAAGAAACAGGUGCUUCUUGACUUUGCACUGGAGUUUUCAGCAACUUUAAUACUGUGUCCAUGGGAUGGUAGCAAAGCUGUGACCUCAAAGCUCCGCUUUUUCAUGUUUAUACUCUUGUUCAGAGAGUGUGUAUGCUGAUCAUUUUCCAAAUAAACUUUAAUGAGUUAGUCCAUCA